GUUUCACGCUCUGUCAUAUGACUAACAGGACUGUAAACCAACACAAAAUAUAAUUUAAAGCAAAGCACAUUACAGGGAACGGUGCAUGCACCUUGUGAGCUUGAGUGAAAACGUGUCACCGUAUGGCUUCAUUGUGGGCAGGUCGAUAUCCAAUGCAUCCGGACCCGAUCGGCCUGCAGCAAUUCGAAUCGAUCUUCUCAGCUCGGUAAAAAAAGAAGAAAAAAAAAGUUCCCUUUUCUACAGUCAUAAAUAAUAAUGAAGGGAGGGGCAGAGGGAGGAGGGAGCACGCCUCAAACGUAUAGACGCCCGCUGAAUUCAUCCGUCUUUCUUAAACAAACACGUGCAAUGAACACAUCCACACUAAUAAAUAUACAUUAAUGGGGAUUACAGUAAAAUAUGGGUACCACAAUCCCUCUGUCUCCAUGUCAUGCAGGAGAAACCGACACGGUGCAAACUGACCGAGGUUUAACGCGCACACUACACACCUCUGCACCUUCAACUCAUUUAUCAACGCGAUUCCCAGCGGAGGGGGCAGCUGUGCGCGCGCGUGUGUUUUGUGUGCACGAGUGGGUUUCUGCAUAGCUGCCAAAAUCAAUGCCAUAUAGGCUAGAAUAUGGGCCCAUGUGCCACUGCGUAUCUAAAUCAAACUCGUAAAGGCUGCACUGCGGUUUGACGCCUACCGAAAUCCCACAUUUGAGAAAUCGAAAGAUCCACGAAUGGGGGGGGGGGCAAAAAACAAAUCGGCAAAAGAAGCACAAUUAAAUGUAAGACUGCAUGGUGUUGUGUGUACAAUACGUUUUAAGCCAUGAAUGCAACGAGUUCCAGUGAAGAGAACCACCAUUAUGUUUGUCACACAAAUACAUGGACUAUGAUCAACUUAUGGUCCCAAAAUGUAUGUUUAUGCAUAAAACCACCGUGCAUUAGUAUAUUAUAUGAACAUCUUCUGAAGCCCUUCAAGUAUCAAGUGUCGAGGUAUUAUCGAAGCUUGCAGUUCAAACAGGUAUAUUCCCCUCUUCUGGUUGUUAUUGCCUGAUCCCCUUACAAGAUCCCUGCACUUUGAAGCCUCUGUGUCUUUGAUUCGUCUUUUAAGACCACAAUUAAGGAAAUAUGGGCUCCUGCGCUGUUCAAAGCCCAGUGAAAAGAUCAAUGAAGGGAUUGACAGUCAAGUGAUGUCGUUUGCACAGGUGUGUGUGAGUGCGUGUGUGUGUGUGUGUGUGUGUGUGUGUGUGUGUGUGUGUGUGUGUGUGUGUGUGUGUGUGUGUUUGUAUCUGUGCGGGUGCUGUUAACGUGCGGCUGGGUUACAUAAAACGGGGAGGGCCAUAAAUCAACAGCCAAGUGCGAAAAUUACGCAAAUGGGGGCUUUCCUCCCUCUCUCUCUCUCUCUCUCUCUCUCUCUCCCUCUCUCUCUCUCUCUAUGGCCGCACCUGAGUCAUUUCGUUAAGGAGGCGUGGGACUGUAAAGCGUUUAGGGUAAUGAAAAUGCCACUUUUAUGCUGUUUGACAGAACACACACACAAACUGUCUCCAUUGUCCCCUCUGUGUCUGUCACACUCAAGUUGCUAUAGGAUCCCUUCCCUUCUGAGUGGCCGAUUGGACAUAGCAUCUAAAUGAGCUUCAGUGAAGUCGCUCUGAUGCUGCAAUGGGAGGCAAAUGGGGGACGCCUGCGAUGGUAAUUUGUAUAAGUAGUUUUUAAUUUCCUCUCCAAGUCCCCGUAGGCUCUCUGCAGUGAAACUGAACAUCAAAGGUGAUACAGCAGAACGAUGAGGAGAGGGACGACGGGGCCACAUGUGAGCCAUGACGGGAGAAUAUCGCAACAUGUUUGCAUUAAAAUGGCAAUUGGGAGGAAUUCCGCAACAGUGAACUGCGUGAUAUGCUCUAUAGAUGUUGAGUUCGGUGGGCUUGUCUUGCUGCACAACACGCUGCCGCUGGAGGAGAGAGUGGAGGGUACCGCAGAAAUAUAGAGCUGGAGAGUCCGAGAGGGAGGGAGAGAGAGAGAGAGAGAGAGAGAGAGAGAGAGAGAGAGAGAGAGAGAGAGAGAGAGAGAGAGUCCUGAAGUGCUCUGGAGCAAAGGGGAGUAUCCCGAUGUGAGGAGGAUAGAGAGAGCGCACAGGGGACUGUAAAGAGGGAUAAAUAGCAGUAGAAGAGUGGGGAAGAAGGAACACUGGCGGCUGCACUCGGGACUAUCUGCAUCCAUCAAGAUAUAGCGCGGAUCUAAGUCUUCAUUCUCUGGUGACUGCGCCUGAACGCGCGCUUUGGGUAUUUUCUCAGCCAACGCGUCCAACUUUUCCUUUUCUCCUCAUCACGGGCUGCUCCUCAUUCGCCGGUUCGUACUCAUCAAUUGGACCUUGACUUGGGCCGCUCUUGGUGUGAACCGGGUCGGCUGUCGCAUCUGUAAUGGGGGCAGCGGCGGAGGUCGGGGGCUUCGUCAACGGAUUUGUGGACAGCUUUGGCCCCGCGGGCGCCGCUCCGGCUCCCGUUGGCUCUCAUUUCUUUCUCACCCCAGCCGGGGCCGUGGACUACAACUCGUUGACAGGAAUGAUGACGGCGGGACAUGGGCAGCAGCAGGAGAACCUGGUUUCGGCAGAGAGGCUGUCCCGUAGCCUGGCGGACCUCAGCCACCUGAAGGGGAUUCUGAGGCGGCGGCAGCUCUACUGCAGGACCGGCUUCCACCUGGAGAUCCGUCCCGACGGCACCGUGCAGGGCACCAGAAAGGACCACAGCAGAUUUGGUAUUUUGGAGUUCAUCAGUCUGGCUGUGGGACUGGUCAGCAUCAGAGGGGUGGACAGUAGCCUCUACCUCGCCAUGAACAGCAAAGGAGAACUAUAUGGAUCGGAGAAGCUGUCAGCAGAAUCCAUUUUUAGGGAGCAAUUUGAAGAAAACUGGUACAACACUUACUCGUCCAACAUCUACCGGCAUGGAGAAAAGGGUGCAUUUUACUUUGUUGCUUUGAACAAAGAUGGGACCUCCCGGGAUGGAACGAGGUCGAGACGACAUCAGAGGUUCACUCACUUCCUACCAAGGCCCGUAGACCCGGAUAGAGUACCGGAGCUAUACAGGGACAUACUGGGCCAGAGUUGAGACUGACGCUGCGUUACCACGAGCCAGAAAGGAAAGAAAGAAAGUGCAUCUAAUCCUAAACCCCUUCUCGAGUGAGAUGGAAGAUCCUUUUGAUAUGGGGAUCACAAAAAGUGCACCGAAUAAACGCUCCCCACCAGUGGCACGGAGGGAGGAAAGAGACCUUCUAUUGACCACACUACCCGGGGGAGUUUGAUUGGUACCGGGGAUCUUCUGUGGACGAUGACGAGGUCCCUUGAGACACAUCUGGGCCCCAAUAUUUUCCCUUUAUUGGCUCCGGAGGCUAAACAGAUGACUUUUGGAUUUGUUUAAGUUUCCCUGCAAGUCCAAACAUGCAUGUUCAAGAGGAUGAAAGUGCGGCACCUAAUAAGUGAGAUUAACAGCUUGCUGCUAGUACAUUGCUUUUUACUGCUGUGGCUGAUGAGUCUUGUCAAUUACACUGUUUUAAGUACAUUUUAUUCAAAACACUGUGGCUGCUGGCAACUGAUUGAUUAAAAUGCUUAAUCCACUGGCUGGUUUACACUAAAAGGUAGUUUCAUGCACUGGAAAUCGGCCAUGUCUGUGGUGGGAAAUGUGUCAGAGAGCCGAGGGAAGCUCCGUUAACAUACAGACUUCUGAAACGUCUUGGAAGGAUAAUCCUUUGAAACUCAGAUCAUAUGACUUUUCAUGAGGAACAAGCAAAGAAGAGCGGAUCCAAUGGAGUUUCAUAAGGACUUCUUCCGUGGUGUCCUUCUACGGGACGCUGCGUGUUCUGUGGGAACUCUAGAGACGCAUUCAAGAACCCGGUGAAGGAUUUCUCUUGUUCUUCCACUAACUGCGGUCAAGCAACAAACGUUAGCACGUGACCGUCAAAGACACCUUUACAAACCCGUUGACAGAUUGUAUUCUUAUUUAUACGUCUUUGUUUCCUAGGACAUACAUAUAUUUAUUUCAAAUUUAUUUAUUUUCAGAAUAUAUUUUUACAAGUAUGAGAUCAAAUAAAAAAAGCGAUCCAGAACAAGCUAUGACAUUUUUCUUUUUUUUCUGCAGUCUUUCCACUCUCAUCAUGUAAUGGGUAUAUCCAUAUCACUUCUCUGACACUAUUACGGUGUGUCCAUUUAUCAUGUGGAUAUCCGGUCUGCUUAUCUGAAGCUGUUGUUGGAUCAACACGUCAUGAACCUUAAACCUGAUAUCCAAAAGAAUGUGAAAAUAAAGAGAAUGGUCCAAGUCGAUGUGGCAGACAGAGAUAUUCUGACUUUAGUCAAGCCACUGGAUCCUAAAUCAUUCCACAAUGCUAAUGUCUUUCCUCCCCAUUGCCAAGUAAACACUCUCAAGUUUCAACCCCAGCUUGAGUUCAAUAUAGUUGAGAGUACUCAGGUUAUUACACUUGUGUAAACUUCUCAGACUUCACAAGGCUUCUCCAGUUUGUCCACAGAAACAAUACAAUAAAACGGUUUUAUACCAGCUCACUAAAGCGGCAAUACCACUUUAGUUCCCCUGCAACAUACAGUAUCUUUCUAUAUUCUAUACACAGCACUAACUGGCACAUUGCAGAUUCUCCAUAUUAUUAUUUUUAGGAUGGUUGAAUGUGUUCUAGUGGACAUUCCUCAUAGAGUCUGUUAAGAAAUGGAGACAGCAAGAUUAAGUAUUUCAUCUUUUAUGUACUGCAUCAGCCUGAAUUCAUAAACGAUUUAAAAAUG